AUGACUUUGGAAGAAGUUAAGCAGCAACGGGCUAAUACUAAGAAAAGUAUAACCCGCAUCAAAAACCAAGUUGAAGCCAAUGGAAGGGGUGAAGGUAAGACACUUUCGUCAGCCGAGUUGAAGUGCCGUUUGGGGAUUUUGGAGUCAUAUUUCAAGCAGAUACUGACGUAUCAAACCCAAAUUGAGAAAUAUGAUCCUGAUGACAAUGGUAGGCCCGAAAUUGAAGACUUGUACAUCGCAGCGAAGAUGAAUAUUCAAGCGCAACUUGGUGAGGAUGUCCACAAUACAACCAUGUCCGACUCUACAAUUUGUUUUCCUGUUAACAACAAUAAAUUGCCUCAGCUCAAAUUGCCCACAUUUAGUGGUAAGUACAGUGAGUACAAAAAUUUUAUAACGUCGUUCAACCAAGUUAUCGAUCGUGAGUUUGGUCUAUCGAAUAUCGAAAAAUUUAACCAUUUGCUGAACUGCCUCCAAGGCCAAGCAUUGGAAACGGUCAAGGCUUUCCAGAUUACUAAUGAAAAUUACCCAAAGGCUCUGGAAAGGCUGAAAACGCGUUACGACAAUAGUUCACUGAUUUUUAUGGAAAAUAUUACCACUCUAUUUGAACUUCCAGCCAUGUCCAAAUACAAUUGCGCACAAUUACGAAGUCUCGUUGAUAAUGUUUCUGCUCUUUAUAGCUCCCUUUUGUCUCUAGGCUCAGAUAGUGACAUUGCUAAUUCGAUGCUGAUCUACAUAGUUUUGGAAAAGGUUGAUGAUGAGACAAAAAGAAAAUGGAAAGACUCUUUGGAUUUCACUGAACUGCCAUCAUGGGAUGAUUGCUCCAAGGUUCUUGAAAGGCAUUGCCAAUUUUUGGAAUCGGUUGACACCAGCCAUACAAAUGUGGCCCACCGUAAGCCUGACAAUCAUCAAUCUGGUAAGUCCAAAUAUAAAAGCUCAAAAACUGGCUAUUCUUUUUCGGUUUCGAAACGUGUUUGUGUUCUUUGCACAAAAACUGACCACACAAUUACUCGUUGUCCUCGCUUCAAAGAUAUGGAUGUCGGUCAACGUUUUGAAAAUGUCAAACGACUAGGGCUUUGUCUUAAUUGUUUGUCAAAAGGGCAUCAAGUUAACAGCUGUUCCUCUACAUUCAAGUGCAAAUCUUGUUCUCGCUUGCAUCACAGUUUGCUUCAUCGGUCUCAGUCAGCUUCUAGGCCCUCGUCCCCGACUACUGAACCAUCUACUUCUCGUGCUGCCUUGAAUGACUCUCAUGCCUCGGUCCAUACUCAUAUGGAAAAAUCCUCACCGGAACAGGUGCUUCUUGCUACUGCCAUGAUUCUAGUUCGUGACGCUACAGGUCACUAUCAAUUCGGACGUGCUUUGUUGGAUUCUUGCUCUCAAUUGAAUUUCAUUACGGAUGAAUUUUCUCAAAAAUUACACUUGCCUCGUAGAAAACAAACUACAGAAGUCGCUAGCAUUGGUAAUACUCAUAGUAAAACGAAAUAUAGGUCGUCAACAAAUGUGAAAUCUCGAGUUACUGAUUUUGAAGUGUCCCUUUCAUUUUGUGUCACACCUCAUAUUUCUUAUCAACCUGAUGCUGAAUUAGACGUCUCAACCUGGAAUUUGCCCCCAAAUACUCAGCUUGCAGAUGAAAACUUUUUCAAAUCAAAACGAAUUGACUUGCUUAUUGGUACAGAAACUUUCUUUGAUAUUUUGUCAGUUGGUCAAAUUAAACUUGGUCCGAAUUUGCCAAAAUUACAUAAAACUCUAUUUGGAUGGAUUGUAGCUGGUCGUUAUUUAUCAAACCAAUCGAACGAUACUGGUUCUUCUUGUAUGCUCUCGAUAGAAGAGGAAGUUGAUUUAAAAUUACAACGAUUGUGGGAAAUCGAAGAAAUUCCAUCUGGCUCAAAUACUUUGACUCCAGAACAAGCUGAUUGUGAAUCGUUUUUCAAUAAUACUGUCCAUCGUGAAUCUUCCGGUAGAAUUGUUGUUAAAUUACCCUUCAAAGAAUCCGCUGACACUUUAGGUCUCUCGCGAAAUAUGGCUCUUAAAAGAUUUGCAUCUCAAGAGAGACGAUUUGCUCGUGACAGCAAUCUCAAAUCAAAAUAUGUGAGUUUUAUGAAGGAGUAUGAAGAUUGUGGACAUAUGAGUCUUGUUCGUAGUCCCCGCUUAGAUGAGCCUCAUUAUUUCAUCCCUCACCAUUGUGUUUUCAAACCUAAUAGUACUUCAACAAAAUUAAGGGUGGUCUUCGAUGCGUCCUGUCCGUCAUCAUCUCAAAGGUCUCUCAAUGACAUUCUUAUGGUUGGUCCAACGAUUCAAGAUGAGCUGUACAAAAUUUUACUUCGUUUUCGUCUUCAUCGUUUCGUUAUAACAGCUGAUAUAGUAAAAAUGUAUCGGCAAGUGCUUAUUGACUCUUCCCAUAGAAAAUUCCAGUACAUUUUGUGGAGAAAUUCUGAAGAAGAAGAAAUUCGCACUUAUCAGUUGAAUACAGUUACCUAUGGAAUGUCUGCUGCUCCCUACCUAGCUAUUAAAAGUCUUCACUAUCUCGCAGACCAGUACAUGGACCAAUUCGAACUUGGUGCAAAAACUAUAAAGUCAUCAUUUUAUGUUGAUGAUUUUAUCGGUGGUGCAGAUUCAAUAGAAGAAUUGACUAAAAUUAAGACAGAGGUGAAUGAAAUUCUAAUUCGUGGUUCGUUUCAAUUGGACAAAUGGCACUCAAAUCAUAGAAGUUUUCAAGACGACAAAACUAUAAAAGAUCUAAAUAUUGAUGAAUUAGCUGUGACCAAUGCUCUUGGUAUUACUUGGGAUCAACAAAAAGAUGUAUUUCUAUUUUCGUUUACACCUAAAGUUCAAAUUGAUGGAAAAAUCACCAAAAGAACAAUUUUGUCGCUCUCGUCAUCACUUUUCGAUCCCUUAGGACUCUUAGCUCCGCUUAUUAUAAAAUCCAAAAUCAUCAUGCAAGAAUUGUGGAUUCUCAAAAUUGGCUGGGAUGAAUCUAUCCCUCAAGAACUACAUUUGGCUUGGGAAUAUUUUGUUUCUGAUCUCAAAACGUUAAAUUCCCUUGAAAUCCCUCGUUUUUGUCUCGCUGCUGAAUCUCAAUCAGUUCAACUUCAUGGCUUUUGUGACUCAUCAAUUCGCGCUUAUGGAUGCUGUUUCUACUUUCGUGUUAAAACUUAUUCAGGAAAUGUCUCUGUUCGUCUUUUUACUGCCAAAUCUAGAGUUGCCCCGACGAAAAGAAAAUCAUUGCCAAAACUUGAACUAUGUGGCGCACAACUUUUGGCUAAAUUAUACUCUAAAGUCAAAAAUCUUUUCGCAAUACCAAAUCUUGAAGUAUUUCUAUGGACAGAUUCUCAAAUAGUUCUUCACUGGUUAAAGCAACAUUCUUCUACGUUAUCCGUUUUUGUUGGCAACAGAGUAUCGGAAAUUCAGGAUCUAACUACUGGCUGUAUUUGGCGACAUGUUCCAACGCAUUUUAAUCCUGCUGAUAUCGUGUCUCGUGGUUCAACUGUAGAAGAACUCGCUUCAUCUAUCUGGUUCAAUGGACCAGCAUUUCUCACACUCGAUGCUAGCAAAUGGCCUCCUAAUAAAAUAGAUCAACUAUCCAUAGAAAAUCAACAAGAUAUCGACCGAGAAAAACGCAAAACUGUACUCUCCCUGGAAGCAACAUCUAAUUACAUUCUGGAUUCGCCCCAAGAAUUAGAAAACGCCUUGCUCAGAAUAGUUUUUAAUCUACAGCAACAUCAUUUUCAAGAUGAUAUACAACGAGCUCUGAAGAAAAACGAUCCUCAAGGUGCACUAAAGUGUCUCAAUCCCUUCAUCGAUUCAUCAAAUGGAUUCAACUUGCUCAAAGUCGGUGGUCGCUUGGAAUUCGCAGCAAUUUCUGAAGGUCAAAAGCACCCUAUAAUCUUGCCCAGCAAAAAUCAUUUCGUCGACUGUUACGUGCGUCAUCUACACAUCAGCAACUACCACGCAGGACCCAAGGCUUUAAUGUCGUUAAUCCGCCAGAGAUUUUGGAUCAUCAAUUCAAGAAACCUAUGUCGUCGUAUCGUUAAUUCGUGCCCACAAUGCAUUCGUUAUCGCCCAAGGUUGCUUCAACAAAUGAUGGGCAAUUUGCCCGUAGAACGACUUAACCCUUCAAGGCCCUUCGCCAGAUGUGCUGUUGAUUUUUGUGGUCCAGUAAACACUUACCUAAGAAUUAGAGGGAAGGUACCAUACAAGACAUAUAUUGCUGUUUUUGUUUGUCUCGCAACUAAAGCAGUCCAUCUAGAAGUUGUAUCAGACUUAUCAACAGAUGCCUUUAUUGCUGCUCUUAAAAGGAUGAUUGGACGAAGAGGUCUACCCACAGAUAUAUUCUGUGACAAUGCCACCAAUUUUGUUGGUGCAAACUCUAAGGCACCACAUUUUGGCGGAUUGUGGGAGGCGGCCGUCAAAUCGGCCAAGGGACACCUAACCAGGACCCUCGAUAACACAAGGCUCACAUAUGAGGAACUUGCAACUGCAAUGAUUGAUAUAGAAGCAAUUCUAAAUUCGAGGCCUAUUUCGCCCCUAUCAUCCGAUCCCAGUGACUUUGAAGCCCUUACACCAGGCCAUUUCCUGAUAGGCGCUCCCUUACGCAGUUUGCCAGAACGUGAUGUCCCUCCAAUUGAAAUCAAUAAACUUGAGUAUUGGGCCCGAAUAAGCGCCAUAAAACAACAUUUUUGGAAGAAGUGGUCCCACGACUACAUAAACGAGCUCCAGACCCGCAAUAAAUGGACUAGCACCAACUCAAAUAUUUGUACUGGCUCCCUAGUAAUCAUUAAAGAAGAUAAUUUACCACCGCAGCGUUGGCUCAUGGGUAAAAUCAUCAAUAUUGUUCGUGGUAGAGAUGAUCGAGUUCGAGUUGUCGACAUCAAAACAACAAAGGGAAUUAUACGUCGCCCUAUCCACAGACUGGCUUUACUAUUUUCUUGA